GACUCGGCUUUCGCGGGGGCUGCUGGGUCCGGGUGUCGGGGACGCGCAGGGGUGCGCGCAGCCGUGAGGCGCGCUUCCUUGGUCGCGCGCGCCGGAACCCGAACUCAGUAAAAACCGAAGACGCACGAGGGAGGAACGCGUAGAGCAUGAAGAGGCAGGGGGCCUCCUUGGAGCGGAAACGGGCGCGCAUACCGUCCGGGAAAGCCGGUGCGGAAGGGGGCGGGGAGGGGGCGGUCGUCCGACCGGACUGUCCGGGGCGGGCCUGCGGGAGUUCUGGCCAGUGGUGUCGCGCUUUCUCUCCGAGUACUUUGCCCACCUCCUCACUCCUCCCCGCGCGGCACGUUCUGUCAUUCUGCCUCACGUUCCCCGACGCCACGCGAGGCUACCAGUCUCCCACCCCGUGGCAUCGCUGGGACAGUGCUGGCCGGAUUGAAUUAUGUUCUGGCUUACUGGAAGGAGGAACCACACCCAGCAUGGGUGUCCUUCAAAUAGUGAAACAAUGUGUCCAGAUCCCAGUUUUUGUGAUGAUUCGGCCCCGUGGAGGUGACUUUUUAUAUUCAGAUCGUGAAGUUGAGGUGAUGAAGGCUGACAUUCGUCUUGCCAAGCUUUAUGGUGCUGAUGGUUUGGUAUUUGGAGCAUUGACUGAAGAUGGAAACAUUGACAAAGAGUUGUGCAUGUCCCUUGUGGCUAUAUGCCGUCCUCUACCAGUCACUUUCCACCGUGCCUUUGACAUGGUUCAUGAUCCAAUGGCAGCUCUAGAGACCCUCUUAACCUUGGGAUUUGAACGAGUAUUGACCAGUGGCUGUGACAGUUCAGCACUAGAAGGGCUACCCUUAAUAAAGCGGCUCAUAGAUCAGGCAAAAGGGAGGAUUGUGGUAAUGCCAGGGGGUGGCAUAACAGACCGAAAUCUACAAAGGAUCCUUGAGGGUUCGGGUGCUACAGAAUUCCACUGUUCUGCUCGGUCUGCUAGAGAUUCAGGAAUGAAAUUUCGAAAUUUCUCUGUUGCCAUGGGAGCCUCUCUUUCUAGCUCUGAAUAUUCUCUAAAGGUAACAGAUGUGGCACAAGUAAGGACUUUGAAUGCUAUUGCAAAGAAUAUUCUGGUUUAGCCAGACCUCUUUGAGAGACAUGGAUAUCACAAGGUGAAGGUAGAAGAAUAGUCUAUAAUUGUGACACAGCUUUAACCUUAUUCUCUGUCUGGCCAGGACAGUCACAGUUUAAGUCUCACAUGGCCAUGGAGAAUGUUUCCAAGAAGACAAAGAAUUCGAACAGAGCUACAAUCACUUCCUUUGCUUAAUCUUGCCAGCCAUCUCUGUUAUCAUGGUUAAAUGUAUUCUUUGCUUCUUCCACAGACAGAGGGUUAGUCUGUUUUGUGGAAUUAAUUGGUGAACCGGGAAAACUGAGCUGUAAGGUAUGAAUUUAGAGUGUGACUUCAGGGUCAAUUUAAUAGCAGUAUUUUGCUUUUUCAUUUGUAAAAUAAAAAUUUCCAUUCUGU